AUGGUCUCUAUGGUCGACGCCGGGGCCCUGAAUGACAAUGACAUUUCCAUGGACGUGGUAGUCCCCAAAACCGAACCCGCGCAAGACGGCCAUGCUGAGCUGAGCUCGUCCGUCUCGACCCCCGAACCAGAAGAACAACAGUUGGCCCAGGAUGCCGUGCAAACUCAGAAGAGGAAGGGGGGAAGGAAGCCGAUCUAUGCCACAUCAGAAGAACGCAAACAGAGAAACCGGCAGGCCCAGGCGGCCUUUCGCGAAAGAAGGACCGAGUACAUUAAACAACUAGAGACGACUAUCAAGCGCAAUGAAGAGUCACUUCAGUCCUUACAGCAGAGCCACAGAAGCGCCGCCGACGAAUGUCUAAUGCUGCGGUACAAAAACUCGCUGCUGGAAAGAAUUCUCCUCGAGAAAGGUAUCGAUGUGCAGACAGAGCUAAGACUCAAGACCGGAAGCACUUCAACAAUCCCCCCUCCAGGAAAAUCAACCCCUCUAGCUCCAAAACAGCCUGCUUCUCUUGAACGUGCUGCAAUUGGCAGAACAUCCGCUCAACGCCAUGGCUCUGGAAGCAUUGCGCCAAAGCCGGAUCAGCCCCAGCAGCGUGAUGGUGCGUUCAAUACAACAUCCCCCCAACCUCAACCUACUCCAUCAUCCCAUGUAUCGUCGCCGUCGACAGGUAAAUCACCGGGCUUCGCAUUACAAGGCGCUAUAUCUCCGAAGAACACAGAAUUCCAAGCGCAACAGCAACAGCGUGCCCGACCACCGUUACUACCACAGCCUCGAGAUUUCGCCCAACAACAGCCGAUGGGAAUGCCUCAAGUAGGGCCAAUGGAUCCGUAUGGCGCAGCAACGCAGUCGAUGAUGUCGGCGAAUACAAUGGCAUCUCGCAUGCCAUCCUACUACGCUACCCCCUUUCAAAAGCAUUAUGAUCAAUUAGGCAAGUCUCUCCACCCGGAAUUCCAAUUGCGAAUUCCAGAAUAUGAUGCUCAAGCUGACAUGCUCGAUGAUACUGAAACUGCGGAAGACGGUCACAACGCUAACACCUACGUUCAUGACUUCAAUCGACCUCCAGUACCAUCAGACCAGAACCGCAUGAAUUUGUCGGGUACGUCUGCUCUGCAGACAGGCGAUGUCGAUCAUGGAAUGUAUGGCGCUGGCGGUUCUCUCUUCAGCCAAUAUGAGCCUGUGCUUGACAGCGAUACCUUUGGGUUGAGUGCCAGCAUGCACUUCCAAACCCCGUUCAGCUACGAGCAGGAAAAUCUCCGCCAUUGA